AUAAUAAUAAUAUUUUUUCUUUCUCCUAUAGAUGAUGAGAGCUUCAUCCUAUUAGAAGCUGGAAAAUACGAAUUCCCGUUCAGUUUUCAACUUCCCCUGCAUCCCUUGGCGACCUCCUUCACAGGGAAAUAUGGCAGCAUUCAGUACUUUGUGAAAGUGACCCUGGAGAGCCCCACAGCCCCCCAUCAGACCGUGUCGAGGGAGUUUCAAGUCAUCAGCCACAUUGAUAUCAAUUCUCCAGUUCUCCUGAGUUCUGUAAGACAGACUCAAGAUAAAAUGGUUGGGUGCUGGUUUUUCACUUCGGGUCCAGUUUCUUUGAGUGCCAAAAUCGAUAGGAAAGGGUAUUGCAAUGGUGAAGUUAUACCAAUUUAUGCAGAAAUAGAAAAUUGUUCCUCUCGGUUAAUUGUUCCAAAAGCUGCCAUUUUCCAAACACAGACUUAUUUAGUUAGAGGGAAAAUGAAGACUUUUCGUCAGAUGGUUGCCAAUGUGCGAGGGAACCAUGUUGCCUCAGGAAGCACAGAUACCUGGAAUGGCAAAACGUUGAAAAUUCCACCUGUCACCCCUUCUAUUCUUGACUGCUGUAUUAUUAGAGUUGAAUAUUCCUUAGCUGUGUAUGUUCAUAUUCCUGGUGCCAAAAAGUUGAUGGUUGAACUGCCUUUGGUCAUUGGCACAAUUCCAUGUACUGCUUUUUCCAGCAGGAACUCAAGCCUUGUCAACCAGUUUGCUAUGGAUAUGGGAUGGCUGGCUCAGACAAUGCCAGAACAUCCAGAAGCACCACCCAAUUACGCUGAUAUAGUAUCGGAGGAAGAAUAUGCAAGGCAUGUUACUGUUUAUCCACCUUCAGUUGAUUGUGAAGAACAGCUGCCUUGUCCUAUGCUUGCCUACAUACAAGAAUUCCGAUUUCAGCCACCUCCUCUCUAUUCAGAGAUUGACCCCUACCCUACUGAGGUAGAAGAAAAUCAACCAGUUUCACUCAUGGAUUAAGGAUGAUCCAAAAAAGCCUCGUCUUGACUAGACGGAACACCUUGAUUUGGUUUUUCUACUGCCUCUGCUUGUAGCAAAGUGCUUUUUUUUUUUUUUUUUAAUAAAGCAGUGGUCCUGCUUAAAGUUGGAACAGGCACCAGAAGACUUAAGUCAAAACAAGUCAGAACAAGUCAUGAACAAGGAGGCAGGCAUGGAAGAACGUGUUGUGGAGUCACUGGCCCAGAAGAAGAUCAUCUGAGAAGAAAGAAAGUUUAGGUUGUGGUGCAUCUUACAAACAGUGGUCAGGAUAUUUCAGAGAGCAGUAAGACAACAGCUACAGAAGGUCUGCCUUUGGGAGUACAAAUAUUUGUAUCUGUAUCCAGGUACAAGGAUUUCUGCGUGACGGUUUCAAUCCCCUACCAAGAUUAUGUGAGAUUUUGACUCCAAAGAUUACUAACAUUCUUUUUCUGUGAAACACACAGACAGAGAAAUAUCAUUCCUAACAUUAAUAAUGGAGCAAUACUGUAACAUUUUUACUGAGUGAGUGAUAUUAAAGAUAUUCUAUACAGUGUUGAAUAGGUGCAAGCUUGGUAUCCUUACCAACUUUGGAAAUUGCAAUUUAGGGGUAAGGCUGGAUUUUAAGAGUUGCUUUGCUCUGGACUUCAGGCUGCUAGGCUGUUUUUGCUUCUUCAGCAAGGUGGCAUGAUUUGCAAAAGGGGCAGCCAAACAUUCAAUCAGGACUUUUUCAGCAACUUGAGAUGUUACUGCUUUGGCACUUAAUACCAGCUAGGCUGAAUGUAACAAGGAUGCUUUUGCACUCUUUAAAAACUUGCAUAAAGAAUGAUGAAACUCUAUAGGAAUAUGUAGAUGGAAUGAUGAUCUUGUUUAAAAAAAACAAAAAACCUCCCGCUCCCUCCUGGAAUGGGAGCUGAGACCAAAAGUGUUUUCCACUGAGUUCGAUUUGCCUUUCUUGUGAUUAACAAAAUGCAAAUGGAGAGUAAUAUUACCAGAUCCAGAUAACGUCUCUGUGAAGUUUUGUGAGAAAUGAAUUAUAGAUACUGUGACACGUGGAUUUAAGAUUUAGGACUAAAUUGUUAAUUAUGGUGCAAUUAUUCUUUAAUUUGUUUCUCAGGUCAGUGUGCUUUGCUCUAAGGGUAAAGUCUUAUCUUGUUUCUUAAUUCCCAGGAAACUCUGUACUGUAACCUUCUAGCCUUUGCACUCCAGAAAUAUUGCUUGAGUUUCCAUCCAUAAAAUUUGUGAAUAAUAAAAUCAAUAGUUCUGAAGGGGGAGAAAUGCCCUAUUUCCUUUGCUGGUAGACCACAUUGGCAAUCUGCACUACGGCACUUCUGCCUUGCCUUUCGGAAGUAUUUGAUUUGGCUAAGAGAAACUGUACCUUGAAGCUCCAAUGUUGCACAUUUAAAAUUGUGGCUUGAUUAGAUAGAAUUCUGUGGAUAUAUAGAUCAAAGGCAGGCAACUUGCAAGCCUUCUCCCAUGCUGCAUCUGAGUUACCAAAUUAUCAGUAAAGGGUGCCAUGUGCCAUGUUUCCUGCCCUUUUUGAGGCAGGAAGAUAAGAAAACCUCCAGACUUCUCUCCCCAAAGCUAGGAAACAAAACAAGAAUAAUCCAGGCUCCACUGUUUCCGUUUCCCUGCCUGCUGUGGUCCUCCCCAUCCAAAAACAUAUGAAGAGCACCCUCUGGCCCCUAGAAGUUGCCCACCUCUGAGGUAGCUUGAUGGAAUUCAUUCUUAGGAAUGAGUGUUGGAGUGGGGGGCAGAGAACAUAAACAUUUUUCCUAUGCACUUUAGCCCUGCUUUCAAACCAGCAUUAGAUAAGGGAAAAACAAAUCAAGAGUUGCUUAAUGUACAUCCAUGAAAGUGGGUCCCUCCUGUGAGAGGGAGUGUCAUUUCCUCACAGAGUAGCCAUCAGUCAAUAAUAAUCUUCCUAUGAUCAUUCAGGAAUUGGGUUGCAGACGGCAGCAUCCAUAAGGGGAUCAAGAUCUGCAAGAUGGCGGGUGCAACCUUGCCAUCCAAGCCACACCCUUUUUGUAUGUACCUCUGUUGCACGCCCAGACGAAAGGGUGGGGCUUGGAUCGUGGCAUAGCAGAUGUCCUCUUGCAAAUUUUGACACACCCAAACCCACCCCAUGGACACCCCUGAAUCCUAAAUAGAGCUUUAUCCUGGCCUAUGCGUAAUGCCUCUCCAGCAAGAACGUACGUCUUGCCUGUUACAUACCAUCCUUUCAUGAAAUGUGAAGAAUGGAAAGGAAAGAGGGGCUCUAGAUUACGCAGUGCUUUCACUGCCACGAGCUUAUUUGCUGCUAAAAAUGAAGCCGGCUGUUCUGUUAAAGAGCAGUCUUUGUCAUCUGAGACAGGAGAGCCAAGUUGGUUAGAAACCAUUCUUUGUCCCCCUGCCCCCAUUAGAUAACUUUUGCCAGCCCUGACCCCAUCCCCCAGGCUUGCUUUUGAAGUCCUGUUGACUAAGUAGGGAUUUCUUUUCCCCCAAAAAAGGGGGAAACAGUUUGAAGGGGUGUAGGCUCCUGUUUUCUGCAGGAUGUCAAGGAAAACAUCUAGGCGAUGUCUUCCUUUCUGAGAAGCCAAGUUGCAUUUUUUGUACAAUUUAGGAUGACAAAAUGUUGCAAACUGACUUGCUGAUUUGUUAGCAGUCUCCUAGGAGGGGAAAAAAAAGUGCACUUCAAGUCCUGUCCCUCACCCCACUCAUUCUGUUUAUGUCUUUGAAAGACAUCCGAGAGGAAAACUGAACCAAAAUCUCUAAUGAUGUCACCAAUGCCUUUUUAAAAGAAAUGGAAUGCCUUUGGUUUUGCUUUUCAAAUCAAUGCAGAGGAAACCAAGUUUCCUUAACUCCUUUUUUAUUACUUGAAGAGCAAUAAUACAGUGGUACAAGAUGCAUGUCUUAAAAGGUUGAAGCCAUGAUAAUUAUUUGGUGCUUACAGGGACCGUUUAAGAUACUAGUAAGAGCUGGCUAUCAGUAUCAUGAGGAUCGUAUAACUGAAGAAUAAGAUCAGCCCAAAUCAAGAUGAUGAUCUUGGGGUCAUGUAUUGUGUAACAUGCAAAUAAAGUGUGGCCUUAGAUGGUUAGAAGAAAACAAGAGGGAAAAGUAUUCUUAAGCUUUGCUGUGCCUUUCCAAGGGCCCAGUAUAAAACUGAAUGAGCAAAGUUUUGCAUUCUCUUCUCAGGACACAUUUUGCUUCUUAAUCAUAUAUAUUUUGCACAAUGAUUAUUCAAUAAUGAAAGGGUAUGUUUCGUUAUUUUUCGAUUUCUGUGCAAAGCAAGCAAAACAAUUAAAAUUACUGUACUUUGCAUUAAAAUGUGAGCCCUAUGGGUUUCCUUCUUAAUAAAAAAGUUGCAUUUUUUUGUCUUGAUUUUGU